AUGCAAGGAUCAUAUGGAAGAGAAUGUAUGAUCGACUACAAGACUACCCCAAUCUCUUGCAGACGGACUGCCCGUUUUCCCCGUUUCCCCAUUCCGCUCUUCCUGCUCCUCUUAUUCAUGGCUCCUCCGGCUGGGUCCAUUCACAUGGAGGCCAUCGAGAGCCACAGCGAGUUCAGCUGUGAGCCCAUCCGACUGAGAAUGUGCCAGGAUCUGCCUUACAACACCACCUUCAUGCCCAACUUACUGAACCACUACGACCAGCAGACAGCCGCACUUGCCAUGGAGCCGUUCCAUCCCAUAGUAAACCUGGUGUGCAGCCCAGACUUGAGGAUGUUCCUGUGCGCGCUCUAUGCACCAGUGUGUGUUGUGUACGGCCAGGUAUCCAUGCCGUGCCGUGCUCUCUGCCAGCGGGCCAAGGACGAUUGUCAAAAACUGAUGGAAAUAUUUGGACUCACCUGGCCAGACGACAUGGAGUGCAGCAGGUUUCCAGACUGCGACAAGCCGUAUCCCCGUCGAGAGGACCUGGAGAAAGACUCUGAGCCCACCAAUGAGUCGUCCAUGACUGUCCAGAGAGACUACGGCUUCUGGUGCCCCAGAGAGCUGAAGAUGGAUCCAGACUUGGGCUACUCAUUCAUAGGCAGGAGAGGCUGCUCUGCUCCCUGUCCUUCCAUGUACUUUACCCAACAGGAAGUCACCUUCAUUCGUUACGUCAUCGGAGUCAUCUCUGUCAUCUGUCUUUCCGCAACCUUGUUCACCUUCCUUACCUUUCUCAUUGAUGUCACCAGGUUCAGAUACCCUGAGCGUCCCAUCAUCUUUUAUGCUGUGUGUUACGUCAUGGUGUCCCUGGCAUUCUUUCUGGGUUUCCUGCUGGAGGACAGUGUGGCAUGUAACGCAGUCAACCACGCACAGUUCAAAGCGUCAACGAUAACGCAGGGCUCACACAAUAAGGCAUGCACCCUGUUCUUCAUGGUCCUCUAUUUCUUCACCAUGGCCGGCAGCAUGUGGUGGGUCAUCCUAACAAUUACUUGGUUCCUGGCAGCUGUGCCUAAAUGGGGCAGUGAGGCCAUCGAGAAGAAAGCCCUCCUCUUUCACGCUGUGGCCUGGGGGCUUCCAGGGGCCCUGACCAUCACCCUUUUGGCCCUCAACAAAAUAGAAGGCGAUGGGAUCAGUGGAGUGUGUUUCAUCGGGCUGUACGACAUAGACGCUCUGCGGUGGUUUGUUCUGGCACCGCUUUGCCUCAACGUGGCGGUGGGUGUCUCUCUUCUUUUGGUGGGCAUUGUGGCUCUGAACCGUGUACGUAUGGAGAUUCCGUUGGAGAAAGAGAACCAGACCAAACUAGUCAAGUUCAUGAUCAGAAUGGGGGUUUUCUCCGUGCUCUACCUCGUCCCCUUGCUGACAGUGAUUGGCUGCUACGUGUACGAGCACACCUACCGCAGCGUGUGGGAGACCACCUGGAUGGAGGAGAACUGCCGCCACUACCACAUCCCCUGUCCUUACAAGGUGGAGCAGAGCAGCCGACCAGCCGUGGCCUUAUUCCUGAUGAAAUACCUGAUGAUGCUGGUGGUGGGGAUCCCAUCUGCUUUCUGGGUGGCCAGCAAGAAGACCUGCUUUGAGUGGUCCAGCUUCCUGCAUGGACGCAGGCGCAAAGAUGGAGUCAAUGAAUCUCGCCAGGUGCUACAGGAGCAGCCAGACUUGGCUCAGUCUCUGCUGCGUGAACCCAACACUCCCAUCAUCAGGAAGUCCAGAGGAACUUCCACUCAGGGCACCUCCACUCACGCCUCCUCCACUCACCUUGCUGUCCUUGAUGACCUGGACGAGCCCCUCAGAGGUCUCCAUCUCCAGCCCACCUCCACCAGGAGCAAAGCAAGCAGCGUGCACAGCAAAGCCAGCUACCAUGGCAGCCUGCGCCGCUCUCGCGAUGACAGUCUCAGGAGCAACCCUGUGGUCUACAGGGGUGCAGAGGAGCACAGUUUCCAUGGCAGCAUGCCACGUCUCAACCACCAGCCCUCCAUUCACGGCAGCCAGAGGGACGUGAGUGAGGCCCCGCCUACGCUCAUCACGCAUGGAUCCACGGCAAGUGACGGCCGGGUUGCAGAAAACGAGGGCACCAGCGCCUGAGAACGGCGAGUUAGUGUGAAUAGUUUCAAGGAGAGAUGUUAAACUCGACACUGGACUCCAGUUUAACAAGUCACAUCAUCAAGAACAUGAUGUUAAUCUAAAUGGCUUGUCCACUAACACGUUAACUUAAAACAACGUCUCAAUCUAGACUGGAGCCUUAUUUGUACAAUACAUGGACCUAAUGUGAAACAGUGGACCUCUGUGUUUUAGUCCAACUAUUUUUGUACUGUGAACAGUGUUGAGUGUUUGUGAUUGUGUGUGGCUGAGAGAGAUGAGUUCUACACUGUAUUGUAAACAUAAAACAGUGGUGGCCCAACACAAUUUAGCACUGAUUGUUGCACUGACUGACUGAGUCAAUUACUCCAAGUCCAGUUAGCACAGAAUUUGAUUUUACUGAUACUUCUGUCAUCUGCAUAGCGAGUAUAAAUUUUUUUAAAAAGGGCAAACAGUGCAAACAGCUAGUUCAUUACUUCUAACUUUCAUAGUUCUACUUGAUAAUACACCUACUACUUUACUUGGGCAUGUGGCUCAAACUUUACAUUUUCCCUGCCAUCUUGUAAAUAUGACAAGCUUCAUGUGAACCUACCUCACCUGUACGAUUCCUAUCAAGCAUCUUUUUGUCUUCACAUAACUGCUGACUCACAUUGCAGUACAAGUGUUGUCCAUCCUGUCCAGUAACUAAUCUUGCCUUCUGCCUCUCCUGCCUCUUGUUGGACCUCCAGCAAGCAUCUUAUCUUAUACACUGUAGAUUGUCACGCUGCAAGAUAUUUGGAAGCACAACACACUGUAAUUAAAAAAAUAGGACAUCUACAGUAAUUAAUCUCACACUUAUGUCAGGCAAUGGAUCAUCAUAUUGUAAAAACCGGAAUUGUGUUUGUGUUUUAAUUUAUUUGCGGUUUGGAACUGCGAUAACUACUUUUACAUACAGUCUAAUAAAUUUUUUAUGGACUUUAAUAAGCCUUGUACUGUUCCCUCAUGUCUUAC